CCUCAUUCUCAUGCACACGUUAAACCGGUUCAGUGUCACUGUGUGUGAACCGUGUAAACACUCCCGUCGGGAUUUGGCCUCCGUUUUACAGGAUUUGGGAACCGCGCGCGUGCAUCCGUUUUGCUUUGCGGCUCCGCCCGGUGUGCGGUGCGGACUGACUGCUCACAUCUGAGACUUUUAUUGGAUUGACCGACAGCGGCGGGAGAAGGACUGGUGUUACCCCACACACAGGACAAAGAACACGGGGGGAAAUUAAGGAAGAAAUAUCAGAGUGGAAGAAGAGAGGAGUGAAAAUGGAUAAAUGUCUCCUCACACUCGUCUCUGGUCUUUUAAUGCUCGGUGGAUGCUUGGCCCGGGUGGUGACGGUGUCUCCUGGUCCGUUAAUCCGGGUGGAGGGUCAGCCGGUCUCCAUCAGAUGUGAUGUCAAUGACUAUAGCGGACCUCGUGAGCAGGAUUUCGAGUGGAUGAUGUCCAGGGAGGGGAACGCGCAGAGGACGAAGAUAAUCUCUACCUUUGAUGCCAGCUACUCCCACCCGUCGCUCAGCAAGCGCGUUGCAUCCGGUGACAUCUCAGUGGUGCGACUCGAAGACAACGAAGUGGAGCUGAAGAUAGCGGAAGUGAAGGCGCUGGACGCCGGUUUCUACUGGUGCCAAACGCCGAGCACUGACUCCGUCAUCAGCGGCAACUAUGAGGCUCAGGUCCAACUCACCGUCAUCCCCAACACGCUCAAGGUCUCCCCCAUGACCCCACCCCCAGUUAUCCCGGAAGGAAGUGACCUCACACUCUCCUGCAAUGUCACCCGGGAGCUCACCCACCCCACCUACCUGUCCGUCACAUGGUUGGUAAAGAGGGGAGCAACAUCAGAGAACAUUUUGACAUUUGGCCCUCAGGGAGACGUGAUUACAGGGGCUAAAUUCGCCCGGCGCUAUGCUGACGGAGGCAUCCGACUGGUUCCUGGGAAGAACGGAGUGUUUGAACUGGUGAUUUCCAAAGUGACAACAUCUGACGAAGGGAUUUAUGAAUGCAACGGAACUGAGUGGACGCAUGAAAAUGGAGGGAAAUGGAUAAAAAUUGUGGAGAACAAUAAAGAGAUGGGGACUGUUGCUGUUACUCCUACAGGUCAGUCCCUCAGUGUGAAGGCGUCUCCCUCCUCCUCUCCCUCUUCCACGUCUCUGCUCCUCUCCCCCGGCGAGACGCUGACUCUCCUCUGUUCCGUCGCCGCCAACAACCUGCCCGCCCUCACCCUGGAAGUGACCUGGCUGGCCGACGGCCGCGACAUCGUCACCAUGGAGCGCAGCGGGGUGGUGAUCUCCAAUACAUCCUCGAGCAGCGCACCGGGAAAGCGAGGGGAGGCAAGCCUGGAGCGGACGGGAUCUGGAGAGUACAGGCUGGCAGUGAGGGGGGUGAGCGGGGAGGAUGGAGGCGUGUACGCCUGCCGCAUCCGAGCCUUCAUCGAGAAGGGAGGAAGGAGCUCGGGAGGAGGGGGGAGGUGGCACAUGGCAGCCGAGAAAACAUCCAGCCCCGUGACAGUGAAGGUGGCGCAGAUCAAGCCAAGCUUCACGGUGACCCUCGAAGCCGUCUUGAACCCACAGAUGACGGCUGAACCCACAGAGCUGGCAUGCCGUGUGACCAACAUUACCCAUUUACCCCGGGGAGGCCGACUGGGUGUCACGUGGGAGCACACCACACUUCCUGGUAUAGGGGAUGAUCCUCAGACCUCGCAUCCCAUUGGCUCCCUGGACAGCCAUGGCAACAUGUUGCCGGGACAGACGUAUUCUGACAGGCUGAAGAGCGGCGUGAUGUCUCUGACCAGAGUCCAGCCCAACACAUUCAAACUGCGGGUUCUCCGCACACAGGAGAUCGACAUGGGCCAGUAUGCUUGCACUGUGUCAGCCUGGAGUGUCAACAGCCAGGGUGACAUGGUGAACACUGUCGAGUACAAGAGCUCACCGCUGGCUGUACAGUGGGAUAUGAAACGUCCUACUCUUAACGUCGUUGCCAAACGUAUCCGUGAAGCCACAGUGGGUGGAGCUACCUUUGAGAUGAGCUGCACUGUGUCCACUGAGAACCUCGGGGAGGCAGGUUACUCAGUGCUCAUCCAAUCACAGGAGAACGUGGAGAGCAACGUGAAAACCAUCAUGACACUCAGCCCUGACAGCGUCCUGCAGCACGGAGGAGCCACAGACCCCAACAGGAGAGACGGUCUGGUUCUGACAAAGUCUGGUCCGGCAGAGUUUCGGUUUCGCCUGGCAGGUGUCCAGUUGUCCGACAGAGGUUUCUACUGGUGUGACAUCACGGCAUGGACCAAACAGCAGCCGGGACAUGCUUGGACCAAAGCCACCAGGGCAGAGUCCAACAAAGUCAAGAUCGACUUUCAGGAAAAUGGCCCGUCCUUCUCCGUCGCCAUCCAAUCAGACACCACCAGCGUGUAUCCGUGGGAAACGGCCAAGAUGGAGUGCUCGCUCAGGGUCUCUGGAUCCUCCCCAAAGACUGGCUCACACACAGAUGACCUGGCGUAUGAGGUGCAUUGGUUUUUCACCAGGCUGCGCGGUGGAGAGACGACGACCCAGGUGGCCAGCGUCGACCGCUUCGGCGUUGUGAGGAAAGACACUCGCAACUCAUCCAGUGACGUUUCGAUAGAGCGCAAAGACACACACACCUACAUGUUGAACAUUCACGGCACUCAGGACAGUGACAGUGGUGAGUAUCACUGCGUUGCCACUCCCUGGUACCUGUCGGCCUCAACUGGAGCCUGGACUCAAGCUGGAGAGCUGACGUCAUCUCGAGUCUUCCUUACAGUUCGAUUUGCUGUGUGGGAGUCCCUUAAGUUACCUCUGUUAUAUGGAGUAGCAGCCUCAAUAGGUGUGGGCCUCUUCUCUCUGGUCCUGGGUCUGGUCUGCGCCCAGUGCUGCUGCCGCAACACCGCGCACACCCCACGCUCACGCAACAAACUGAUGGACCUGGAGAUGGACUGACAAACACUUUCCCCCGCACCCACACACUGCAGCGCUCACAGGAAACACCACACACACAACCGACACACGCCCAUAGACGAUUUCUGGGACACCCAGUUGUUUCCAUGCGACGGACGUUGGGAGUAAAAUGACACGCAUAGCUUUGGAAACAGAAGCCUGACACACUCGAUCUCAGUGCUUUAAGCGGUGCUCAGGGUUUCUCAGCUCUGCAGUGGAGGAGCAGGGGACUUUUCUAAGCACCAAUGAGACUUCUGUGAAGACACAUUGAAAUCUGUGGCGCUUCCAGUGAAUUUUUUUUACACAGAUAUAUUUGCUCCCAGUUCAGAUCAUAGCACUACAAGAAGCUCUGAAGAAUCCAGAGUUGAAUUUUUGAGGAACAUUUGGCUUCUGAGACGUCACUGCCACUUGGGAAUAAAGGACCACGAUACAGAUCUGCUGCCUCUGUUACCACAAGGGAUAACUAAAGGAGCGCUCAGGCUGGACUACUUUUUUUUCUUCCAAUGCCAAGGUUCGAGUCUCUCAGAGUAACGGCACACCAGAGUUCCCCGUUGAAUUUUCUUUUUUGAGGAAGUGUGGAAAAUUCAAGGGGUGGUUGGGGUUGGAGAGACGGACCGUAUCUCUGUUACGUCACAUGUCUAAAGUUAUUUUAUAUUCGCAGAGACUGGAGGUUUAGGCAGCCUGAGCCUUAUUUCUGUCACGGAGUACAUGUUCAUACGGGCAGCAGAAGUCCUAGAAAACGAAAGUGCUCCGCGUGCUUUCCACACGAGAGGUAUUGCACUACAACUACCACCCCAGAGUAUUCCUACCUUAACAAAAGGACAAUAUUUACUUUUAUUCUCUAGUUUUUUUAAAAAAUUAAGAGAUUUUAAAAUGAGAGACAUUUUUAAGCUUUACACGGAGAUAUGCAGUUAGUGUGUUUGUGUGUGAGAUAUACUGUACGUGGUGCCAAUAUUUGAACUGAUGGAGGUGUGCUUGGUUCAAAUCGCCAGAUCAACACUUGAACAGCCACUAAAAGUGGCGACAGCAAGCACUCUUCUUUUAUAGAUAUUCUGAAAUGUAUCCUGCUGUUAUUUUACCAGAGUCUCGUGUGUGUUGGUGUGAGUGCUGUGCUACAGUAUGUGAGACAAAGAGUUGCAUGUACUGUUUUAUAACGACAGACUGACGAGCAACACAAGCCUUUUCCUGGGUUACAUUUUGACGACAUCAAAGUCUCCCACCUCCAGAUUUUUAAAACCUUGCUUCACUAAUCGAGUCUCAUGUGUUCACACUGUGAGCAACAUGACUCUCUGUGGGCUCUGGUGCAACAAGCUAUUACUUCCAUGUUUUGAAAAAGAAAACCAUGCAUGUUUCUCAGUUUUGCUUUUUAAAGGAAAAGUUCAACACUUGCGGAAAUAAGUUUAUUUGCUUUCUUUCCAAGAUGAGAGGAUCAACACAAUCUCUCAUGUGUGCUGUGUGGUCUUGAUGUGGUUAGCUUAGCUUAGCUUAGUUUACAGACUGGAAGCAGGGGAAGACAGCUAGCCUGGCUUUGUCUGAAGUUAAUAAAAAAAACACUCACCAGCACCACUAAAGCUCACUUAUUAACACAUUGUAGGUUGUUAGUUUAAUCUGUAGACAUUUUUGUGUG